AUGGAACCAUUAGUUGUUGACACAGUUUACAUGUACGAAAAAGAUAAUGCUAAAAUUCACAAUACAAUAAACUAUGAAUUAGUUCAUUUGGAUCCACCGACACCGAUUCUUCGUCGUGGACAAACUUUCAACAUUGCGAUCAGAUUUGAUCGGGAGUACAAUGAUGAAACAGAUAUUGUGAGAUUAUUAUUCAACUUUGGACCGAAUCCAAAUGUUUUUCGCGGAACACAAGGAGUAGAUGUUGUAAAAUCGCGUGAUUCAUAUUUAACAGACCUUGAAGCCUGGGGUGUCAGGAUGAUUGGUGUCAGUGAAACAGAUUUGUCAGUUGAAGUAAGAAGUCCCGUUGACAGUCCGGUUGGUGUAUGGCAACUAAAUAUUGAAACGACUACUACUGACAGUAAAGAUGCACCAAAUGUUUAUCAGUAUGACAAUGACAUUUACUUGCUUUUCAAUCCUUGGAUAAAAGAGGAUUUGGUUUACAUGAAAGAUGAAACUUUACUAGAUGAGUAUAUUUUGAAUGACGUCGGUAAAAUUUGGGUUGGACCACAUGGAAGUACUAGAGGAAGAGAAUGGAUUUUUGGACAAUUUGAUGCCAGUGUUUUACCAGCUUACGAUAAAGAAGUAUUUAAUGGUAUCCUGUUUGGUCGGUGGGAUGGUAAAUAUGAAGAUGGGACCGCACCAGCAGCAUGGACUGGAAGUGUACCGAUUUUGGAACAAUAUCUUGAAUCAGGCGGCGAUUACGUAAAAUAUGGUCAAUGCUGGGUAUUUGCCGGAGUUGUUACAACUAUUUGUCGUGCUCUGGGAUUACCAUCACGUGUAAUUACCAAUCUGGUAUCAGCUCACGAUGCGAAUGCAUCGCUUUCGAUAGAUCGUUAUUACGACAUUAACAUGAAACCGCUAGAACGCGAUCCAAACAACUUGACCAAUACUGAUUCAAUAUGGAACUAUCACGUUUGGAAUGACGUAUGGAUGGCACGCCCAGAUUUACCAAAAGGAUACGGAGGUUGGCAAGCUAUUGAUGGAACACCUCAAGAAGCUUCUGAUAGAUUUUAUCGUUGUGGGCCAGCAUCUGUGGAAGCUAUCAAACAAGGAGUCGUUGGAUUAAAUUACGAUAUCACUUUCUUAGUCGCUACUGUUAAUGCCGAUGUAAUUGGCUGGAAAGAAGAUCCAAAUAGCAUUAUUGGAUUUUCACGUAUUAAUGGUGAUACCAAACAUAUUGGACGAAUGAUUCUUACAAAGGCUCCUUGGAUCUUUGAUCCGAAUGGUGAUAGAGAUCGUGAAGACAUCACAUUACAAUACAAAUCCCCAGAAGGUUCCGGAGAUGAAAGAUUGACCUUGUACCGAGCCGUACGUAGCACUCCGACCGCCAAAAGAUUUUUUUCAGUACCGGCUCCUGAAAACGAGGACCUUGAAUUCAAGCUAGUUGAUUUAGAACGAGUUAACAUUGGCGAAUCAUUCUCCAUCACCGUGAAUAUUGUUAACAAAGCAGCUGUACCAAGAACUAUUAAAGCUGUACUUUGGGCUGGAAGUGUUUAUUACAAUGGCGUCAAGGCAAACCUGGUAAAAAGAGCUGAAGGCAAUUUCGUUGUGCAGCCUAAUGCUAAGGAACAACUUAGAUUAAGAGUUACUGUUGAUGAAUAUUUAGAUAAAUUAGUUGAGUAUUCAAUUAUGAAAAUAAAUGCCAUUGCAACAGUAGAGGAGACCAAUCAAACCUGGGCAGAUGAGGAUGAUUUCCAAGUUAUUAAGCCAACUAUUAAAGUACAGAUCGCGGGAGAUCCGAUGGUCGGCCAAUCAUCAACAAUUACCUUAAGUUUUAGAAAUCCUCUGAAAAUAGCUUUAACUAACUGUGUGUUCAAUUAUGCUGGACCAGGAAUUUCGAAAAAUAAAACAUUAAAAUUCCGCGAUGUUGGUCCAUUAGAAGACAUACAAGUGGAACAUGAAUUAGUACCACAAAAAAGUGGACGACAACAAAUUAUCGCAACUUUCACAUCAGAUCAACUUGUCGAUGUUACUGGUUCUGCUACGGUCGAUGUUUACGAAGAAUAA